CCCCACUCAACAUGUCCAGGACCUCUUACGACAGAUAUCUUACUGUAUUCUCCCCGGAGGGUCGGUUGUACCAAGUAGAAUAUGCGUUCAAGGCUAUCUCAGGGUCUGGACAUACCGCUAUUGCUGUAAGAGGAAAGGAUACCGCGGUUGUCAUCACGCAGAAGAAGGUUCCCGACAAGCUGCUCGAUGCUGACACCGUCACCCACUUGUUCAGCAUCACGCCCACAAUCGGCUGUGUCAUGACUGGUCUCAUUGCCGAUGCCCGUGCACAAGUCAUGCGGGCACGAUCAGAAGCCGCUGACUUCCGUUACAAGUACGGCUAUGAGAUCACCCCAGACGCGCUCGCCCGGCGCAUGGCCAACAUCAACCAAGUAUAUACGCAGCGAGCAGCUAUGCGGCCACUUGGUAUCGCGAUGAUCCUCAUUGGGAGCGACCCCGAGUUUGGCCCACAAUGCUUCAAGCUGGACCCUGCCGGGUACUUCGUCGGCUUCCACGCAACAGCGGCCGGUCAGAAACAGCAGGAAGCGAUGAACCACCUCGAGAAGAAGUGGAAGAAGCUCGACUCCGGUCGCGGUGCUGACGAUGCUGUCAAGGCGGGCAAGACGCUCUCGCGCGCCGAGGUCAUCGAGAUGGCUAUCGAGGCUAUUUCUACUGUCCAUGCCACUGACUUCAAGCCCGAUGAGGUUGAGAUUGGCAUUGUUUCAGAGGGUGAUGAGGAGAACCCUAAGACGCGAGGACAGUGGCGAGUCAUGGAUACGGCAGAGAUCGAGCGACACCUGCUGGCGUACGCGGAGAAAGACUAAGCGUGUAUGUAUUACUCUGGACUUCACGGUUGCAACGACGCAUCAUUCUUCUACGACCGUGUGCGCGUCCGAGUUUGAGGGAUAGCAUGACGAUGUGAACAUAGCACCCGAGAAGCAAAUAUUCCUAGUCAUUGCACUAGCUGCAGUAAUGGUACAUUUUGGAUCGGCAGUCGUGCUGGCUGGCCGAAGGGGAGCACGGGGCAACAAGAAUGGUGGAAGCAAGCAAAGUCCUAGCUACGUCAUAAAAACAGCAUGAAGAGACGAAAGCAUAUAAGACAUAAAUGGCCAUGGACCCGGAACGUAGGCUCAGAAGGUCAUCUUCUUGCCUUGGGGCUCAGCAAUAGCCCCUGUGCGGGCACCGCCGCGACCACCACGUCCGCCUCCACGACCACCACGAUCACCGAAGCCCCCACGACCGCCACGACCACCACGACCACCGCGGUCACCAAAGCCACCACGGCCGCCGCGACCACCCCCACGACCCCCACGGUCACCGAAACCACGUCCGCCACCGCGACCACCACCGCGGCCUCCGCCAUUGUUGUCUCUGGGCUGGCUGUAGUCGAGACGUACGGGACGGCCGUCGAUUUCGGUGCCCGAGACACCCUCGUACGCCUUCUUCGCAGCCUCGAUGUCCGUGAACUCGACGUAGCCGAAGCCCUUGGGCUUGCCCGUCUCAGGGUUCGUGGGGAGCCGCACGCUCUUCACGUCACCGUACGAGCCGAAUACCUCCCAUAGGCCGUCCUCGGUCGAGUCCCAGCUGAGGUUGCCGACGAAGAGAACCGCGGAGGGCUCGUUGGGUGUGUCCCCGAACUUCUCCGCGCGGCUCUGGCGAACGGCGGUCUUGUCCUUGUCCUCAGACUUGUCUACGUUGAUCGGGCGACCGUCGAUCUCCUUGCCCGAAAGCUUGAGGGCGGCCUCGACGGCCUCGGUCGUCGCGAACGUGACGUAGCCGAAUCCGCGCGAGCGACCGGUGUUGCGGUCCAUCUGGACGCGCGCGGAGACGACCUCACCGCACUCCGCGAACUCUUGUGCCAGCCAGUCGUUGUCGACAUUCCAGGACAGGCGGCCUACGAAGACGGUUUUAGUCUCGGACCCGCCUUCGGCAGGCGCCGCGUCGCCAUUAGCGAUCUUGACCUUUUUGGUGGGCGCGGGUGCGUCCUCCUCGGCUUUGCGCUUGCCCUUAGCAGCAGGAGCCUUGGUAGCAUCGGCCAUCUCCACAUCCUCAGACUCUUCGUCAGAAUCCUCAGAAGAAUCCUCGUCGGACGACGACUCAUCCUUCUUGGACUUAUCCUUCUUCGCGGGGGCUGCUGCCUUCUUAGCCUUGGGAACUUCCUCCUCUUCAGACGAGUCCGACCCAUCAGAGUCGCUCUCACCGCUGCUAGAGUCGGCCUUCUUCGCAGGGGCAGCCUUCUUCGCGCUCGCGGGGGUCGUCUUCGCCUUCGCGGGGGCCUCAUCCUCGGAGGAGCUCUCGGAAGAUUCGUCGGAUGAUGAGGAAGCCGUCUUCUUGGGUGUCGCCUUUACUUGCGCGGCCUUGGGCUUCUCGUCGUCGGAAGACUCCUCUGAGCUCGAACUCGAGGGUGCUGCAGCCUUCUUAGCAUUAGCGGCUUUAGGAAUAGCAGCAGGCUUCUUGGCAGACUCGGAUUCCGACUCAGAUUCUGACGACUCGUCGCUGGAGCUGGAGCCCUUGGCAGUGGGUUUUGCAGCCGCUUUUGGUGUGAGCUUAGCCUUGCCGUUAGUAGCAGGAGCGUCGCUCUCCGAAUCAGAGUCGGAGCUCUCAGAGCUGGACUCCUUGGCCUUGGUAGCGGCCUUAGCCACGCCGUUGGCCUUCGCCUUGGGCUUCUCAUCCUCAGAGUCGGACUCGGACGACUCCUCGCUGCUGCUCUCUGCCUUCUUCCCCUUCGACUUCUUCUUCUUUUCCUGCUCCUUAGCCUUAGCCAGGAUCUCCUUAGAGGAGAUAGGCUUAGCAGCAGCCUUGGCGGGAGCAGGCGCAGCAGCCUUCUUCGCGGGGGUGGAGGCCUUGGCCUUUUUGUCAGCCUUCUUGUCUGCUGCCUUGGCCAUUGCGGACGAUGUAGGGAAUGUCGAGUGAAAUGGGCAGAGAGGCAGGAGCAGAGAGAGCGGUUGAGAAC